UUGAUUAAUCUCAUAAAACAUUAUGUUAUGAUUUCAGUAAACAGUAACAUCAGUCAUACAUCAUGUAACAUAUUUGUAAAACUCACUGAUUAUCAUCAGAGAACAAUUUCAUAAUAAUCCAGAAAUCAUCCCUACAUACUGAAAAUCACGUUUUCAAGUAAUAAAAAGUGCUUAUUGAUUAUCCUCUGAAAGAAUUCUCACAUAUUUUCAGUAAACAUUAAUAAUACACUCAAUAUCUAAUAUUGAUUAUUUGGUGAACCCAUAAUGAUUGCAAAUAAUAUGAAUGCAUAAUUGAUUGUAAUCAAAACAUUUCAGUAAUUAUUACUGCCUGUUACACAGUGUAAAACCCAUUGGUUGCAAAUAAAAAAGCUUUGAUUGUUUCACCACAUUCAAGUUAACACGUUCAAACAUUUGGAAUUAUUCAAACACCAGUUGAUCUUUAACUCAUCUUUUUUAUAUUGUGAAAUUAGAGUUUCUUUAUACAUUUUCUUGAAUAUAUGGAUGUUUAAAAAUUGUUUGAGCGUAUUACUUAACCUGUUCCAAAGUUUAGUGCUGCACUCAGAAACGUUUCUUUGUGGUUUUAUCAGUCUGACCUUGAAGUUCCUACAUCCCUUCAGUUUUUAUCCUCCUUCAUUUUCUAAGAGCUUUUUUGUAAUGUAAUGCUGCAUAGAUCCACCAUUUAGAAUAUGUUUUAACCCCUUUUUUUGGUGAUGAUAGAUCUUAUGUAGGCUGUCUCAACAAGAUGUCAGAAGACACUGCAGUUUAGGUAAAUAAAUGCAGCCAAGGCUUCAAAUGUGUGGGCACAUAAAAAUGCAAUGUGUGUAGGCAGUUUGCAGAGUGCCUUGGCCAGUGAACUCUUGAAAAAAUAUAUUCAAAAGAAAAUCGAAAUGCAUUUAAAUGUUGAGAAAAUAACACUGGACUAUGAAUUAUUUGGGAACUUUUUUUGUUUUCUGUAACACAAAACAUGAAUUGUUUAAAGUAGUAGCUAUUCACCUUUUUUAGCGAUAACAAUUGGUGUGUGCCACUUUAAAACAAGUAAAUUCACAAUUCCGCAAACAUAACGAGUCAGGGCGAAAAUCGACUUUUACGACUUCUCUAAUCGGCACCGCGCGCCAGUCAGUGUCGUUCAUCACCAUGGUAACGAGCUGUCGCAGUGGUUGCUGACAACUUUUUUUUGGUUGUCACCGACAAGGUUUUCCAGAGUGAGAUUUCCUGAAAACUUGGAGGCUAUUCUACAUUACUCUCAAACUUGCUGAUGGUAUUUACUGAAAGACCAGCAGCAUGUCUGCUGCCCAUUCGACAGAAAAACCCCAGAAGGGAUCUUCUGCUCUUGCGAGGGCUGCAUCUGUGUCUACAGAGCAGGAACACGCUCCUAAAGUGACUUUACCACCUUUACGCACAAACCCAUCUUGUUUCCCACCAGGCUCUGGGCAGACACACCUGUUCUGUUGUGGGUCUGGCUUCAGAAAUGAUUCCUUGGACAAAUCUACAUCUGCACUGGAACUCCCUCAGCUGGUUUCCCGAGUAGAUGGAAAGAAAACCAUCGCUGAGACCAAACGGGCUGCAGGACCUCGACGACUGGCCAAAGCAUUAAAGGCUUCAAUAAUGAGUUAUGAAGAUAAGACGAAUUUAACUGUGUUGCCAACACAUAAGGAAGCAAGGUUAAUGAAAGACCUACGAGAGACCAGAGAUGAAUUCCCAAUCACUGGCACGGACAUCAUUCACAUGUUUGCCCAGAAGAGAGAUCAAGGAGAAGACUUGGAGAUUUACUACCUGAAAGAAGCAGAUGGAGAUCAGUUCAGACCCUAUGACCUACAAGUGGUCGAACCCGAGGAUGCUGGUUCCGAGCACUACAUCUUCUCACCUGAAACCGUGCUCCAUGUGACAAAGACGGGUUUUGGUGGACUCGUCAGCCAUGCAGAUUGGUACAGGGAGCAUCAGUUGUGGACAGCUUUGCAGAACAUCGCGUUUUUCAGGAACUUCCGACUAUACAAAUGCUUUUACCGCUGGCAUAAGAACAUCUGCCAAAAUAAUUUUAAACGCAGAUGCAAGAACCUGCAGGAAAAGCUUCUUGUGGAUGUUGCUCUGUUUAGAAAUACUCUUCAUCUUUUCACCAGAGUAAUUGAGGAGCUGAAAGGAAAAUGCAGAAUUCCUCUGGAGGAAUCUAAGACCUACACAUUGCUCGACUUGAAAGAUCUCCUAAAAAACAAGAAUGAAGAGUUUUUUAUGACUUUGAAGAAGUUAUCCCAGUAUCACGCGGUCCUUCUGAAUAUGGUGACAGAGGACAUCUGCAGAACCCACCAGGAGAUCCAGAUGCAGCUAGCACAAAAGUCAAGCAAAAGCUACAGAUCCGUUCACGUGCUUUUUGCCCGGCAGAAGGAGCUGAAGAGGGAACUGGCCACAGCUGAAAGAAACCAAACAAAAUUGGGAAAUUUUGCAACACUUAUCCAUCACAUGAUUGUGCAGAGUCUUGUUACAGUCGUUCAAGAUGAAACCAGGUCUUUUUUAGACCUUCUGAAGGUCACGGCGUCUCGACAGAGCUCUCUCUUCCUCACAGAGCUCUCCUUCAGUGCAAGCGAUCAGCUGAUCUCUGAUCCACCAAUCCAUGCCUUUCAAGAAACACUCAGUGAAUUCCUCACAACUGCUGACAAAACAAUUAUUCAGAUGUGUGAAAGUUGUGGCUUUUUCACGGAGAUAAGCCACAGUGAAUGCAGCUCUGAUCACAGUUUAGGCUCAAGCUGUAUGACCAAUUCUGGGAUUCCAGGGUCAAUGAUCGGCUCAUCUGUUGGAGACACUUUAACCUGUCAGCUGUUGCCGCCUGAAGAGAUUCUUCUAAUGGUGAAAAGCACAAUGGUCAGUGGCUGCUACUAUCCUCUCUCCAAAACACAGCUGGAGUGGCAAUUCAGCAUCAGUGACACUACAGCCCGAGCUGAGGCUCAGCAGAACGAGCUCAUGCAGAAUGCAGAUUUAGAAAUCCAGCAGGUGUGUGAGGGCUACGCGUGGUUGGAGGACAUCAAUAUGUUCAUUAAACAGUGGAGUCCAUCCUCUCUGGAGUCCUUGAAGGGGCAGCCAGCUUCAGCGUAUGAAGAGUACAUGAACAAGCUGCAAAGCUGGGCCGACAGAGUCCAGGAAGGGAAGUCGUCCGUCUCCUCAACCAACAGACUGUUCGUCCUUGAUUGCACCCGCACAAAGAAAUCUCUAGGGCAGCAGCUGAUAUUCAUGGAAGAGAGAGUUGUUGCACAGCUGACUGAGCAGAUAAAGCUGCAGUCAGAAAGCCUCAUGUCUGAUUUGGAGAACAUCACUGCUGAACUCAGGACAGAGCCACGAGGCAUACAAGACUUCUCAAAAUAUGCUUUUAGGGUGAGAGAAACUGUAAAAAUGUUGUCUGACAUGCAAAAACGUUUGGAGUAUGUUCUCUCCCUGCAUGGGACUGUCAGCAUGAUCAGCCAGAAGAUGACUGAACAGGAUCAGAGUUUUGAACGAAAGAUGCUGGACAUGUGGGGUUCCUUAAUGGCCUUACUAAAGCAGGCAGACAGCCACGUGUGCCGCCACCUUCCCUCAGUGGCUGAUGCUCUGGAUAAGAUGUUUUCAUGUUCUGUCUGUCACCUAAAAAAUCUCAUCUUUAAAGCGACAUCUGGACCUUUCCUUGACUCGAGCCAGAAUGCAAUUGAGAUGAGCUCCAAACUGAGCUACAUAUGUGCCCAUGUGCAGACUCUCAGUGCAGAGCUGGAGGAACUGAACCGGACCAGCCAAAAUCUACAAGAACACACAAUGGAUUUGACCAUUUUGACCACAGGCGUGCUGAAGGUCAUAGCUCGGAAAGAGCUGUGGCAACUCAGAGCAGCGUAUGUCAAAUGGAUGGAAGAGUGGAGGAAGAUGCUGUUCAGUGAGAUUGUGGUUUCAGAAGCUAAAGAGAAAAUGUCCAAGUGGAUACAGCAAGUUAAAUGUUUGACAAAUAUACCUGCCGAUGAUCCAGUAAUGCUGGAGACUGUAGAAGUUCUGGAAAGUUUAAGGCUUCAGAUUGAAGUCAUAGUGAAGCUACACUCCACCAGGCUCAGGGAAAAACACUGGAAAGCAAUUUUUCAAGGGAUGGGCCUACAGUAUGUCCUUGAGAAGAAGCUGACUGUGGCUGAAGUCAUGUCUUAUCAGCUCAAAACUCAUCAGAAAUUAAUAUAUGAUAUAUGCAGAGAUGCAGAGACAGAGUGGAACAUGGAGCAAACCUUCCAAAAGCUAUGCCUGGAAUGGGAAGACAAACAUUUUCAGGUGGAGGAGUAUUUUCUCCCUGCUUGGAAGCAUCCUGUGUCAGAGAAUGGACUGACUGCCAUCAAAGACUUGCGUGCAAAUGAUCAUUCUGACAGUGACAUCACCUCUAAAGGUGCUAGAUUCAUUAUCGCAGGUUUGGAAACGCUGUUGACUGAGAUAAAUAAGGAUUUAUCAACCAUGUCAACCAUGAUGAAGUCUCGACAUUGCGUUGAGUUCAGGCCACAAUUGAAGGAAUGGGUUUGGACCUUCCAAGAACUUGGGGAACUAAUUGAUUUAUUUCAAAGACACCAGCAGUUGUGGGCCUUUCUGACCAAAGUUUUUGAUGAAACGUCCAUAAGUGAUCAAAGGGUGUAUUUGCUGAAGGAUUUUCAACCAGUUGACAAGAUGUAUCAGGAAAUAAUCAACACAGUAUCCACUGAACCUCUGAUGGUGAACUAUCUUUCCACUGAAACAAAUGACAGCAAGAUUCGUCAGAGUCUAAUGGAAGGUUUGUCAACAAUGGAAGCCAUUUUUAGCCAAACUGCAGAUAUUCUUCCAGCCCUCUGGGACCGGUUUCCAAGACUGUGGAUUUUGAGUGACAAGGAGGUUUUAGAGUUGCUCUCCUAUCAACAGACGCUUUUUACGCUACAACCUUUUGUCUGCAAGUUAUUCCAGGGGGUGUGCUGGCUUGCAAUUGACUGUGAACUAUCAUCUGAUACGAGUGAUCGGAAGAGUAGUGCAACUUCAUCUCAAGGCCAAAAAGAGAUAAACGUUUCAGGAGUACUUGGUACCUUCCAGGAACAUGUUGCAUUUCAGCCUUCUUUGGAAGCAGAUUCUGACACCUUGGGUUGGCUAGGUUCCUUCGAAAAACAGUUAAAGUUGACAAUAAAAAGGCUCAUGAAGAAAUGUGCUGUUCAGAUAAACCAAAUUGAGGUAUUUGUUCAAGAUUCAUCAUGUGACAAAACAGAGACAGAAAUCCAUGUUCAUCAUGCUGACACCAAAGAAAACACACUACCUGUUUUGGGUCUGCUGUCUGAAUACCCUCUUCAGUGUCUUCUGGUAGCUGAGGAGGCAAAUUGGAGCAGGACUGUUCUUCAGGCUUUCCGGGAGGAGAGACUGGUUAGUUUGAGAAGAUUAAAAGAACACAACCUUGCAAAACUGAAGAACCUUAAUGAAACUAUAUGGAACACAUUUAUGGGAUCUGAAAGUACACCCCUGGUUUCCAAACACUCAAAAAUGUGUUUGCGUGCUUUGGUGCACCUCAUGAUGAAUCAGGGACAGCAGCUCUCUCGACUCAUGCAGGUACCACAUGAACCAGAAUUGUCUUUUGAGUGGAUAAGCUCAAUGAAGUACCAUAUCAACUCAGAGGACCAGAGUGCAAUGGGCAGUGAUGAUCUCACAUGUUAUGUGGAUGUUUUGAACCAUCAGUUUCAGUAUGGCUUUGAGUAUUCUGGACCAGAAGACUGGAUGCUGGUCCAUACUCCAACAACAGACCAAGCAAUACUGGGGAUUGUCCUGGCUUUAAAAAGCUACAGAUCUGGGUUUGUGAUUAGUCCUUCAAUGUCUGGACAAAAACACACCGUAGUCCAGUUGGGGAAAGCCCUGGGGCAACAGAUAGUCAUUAAACAGUGUUAUCCCAGCACAACCCCUGGCUUCAUUCAACAGAUGCUGCUGGGUGCUCUUCAUACAGGAGCAUGGCUACUAUUGGAUUCUGUUGACUUAUUACCAAAAGGUGUCAUGUCUCUGCUGGGAAAGCUUCUAGCCGACAUACACCAGUUCUUUUCCAGGUUGCAAAGAAACAGGAGACCAAGAUCAAAUGAGGAGCAAGAGUACAAUGACAUCGAAUUGCACACUGUGCUUGCAGGAAAGUGCAUCUCUCCUUGCCCGAGAUACGGAUGUGUUCUUAUCUCAUCAGAAGAACAUGCUUCCACAAUUUCAGAGAAUCUGCUACGUUCUGUCAGACCCGUUGCUUUAAAACAUCCAGAUUUCAGGAUUAUUGCAGAAGUAAUGUUGACUUCCAUUGGUUUCCAAGACGCAAUGUCAUUAAGUCAUCGUCUGGUGUCCCUGCUCCUAUUGGCCAAAGAUUCAGACUGUCUCCCUGAAUAUGGCCCUGUUGAAAGCAGCUGUUUUCUUGACAUCUUGCAAAAAGUAGUUUCUGCUUCUGAAGUACAGUUACAGAAUGGUAUCAAUCAACAGGGAACCUCAAAUGAACCUCUUGGUAUGACUGCUGAAAAGCCUGAAUCUACAUCUGCACAAAAUUAUCAGAGAGAUGAAAAAGAAACUACAAAAACUACAAAGCUUCAAGAUUGUCAGAUGUUGAUAAAACGGGCUUUGAUGGAGGAGACAGCCAUCAUUAAAGCAAUUCUUUGUAUCUUGAUACCAGAGAAGAAGAAGGCGUCACAGUUCUAUACAAUUUUCAAAGAAGCCUUUCCUAUAGCACACCAGUUCCCACAUUUUCAACAACACAUAGAUGAAGAAGAAAGAAAUCAAAUUCAAAAUGCAAUAUUAGAAGAGCUGCAGCAACAACACCUUCAUUGUGAUGUCGAAACAAUCAGCAAUGCUCUCACGCUUUACCAGACCCUAAAGUUUUCAAAAGCUGUCAUGCUUGUGGGGGCUUCUGGGAGUGGAAAGACAACCUGUUACAAAAUUCUGUCCGGUGCAUUACGCCAACUUCAAGAACCAGCGACAGAUUUUGUUAUUGCUGCUCCAAAAUGGUCUUCUGUGGAGACGUUGCUUUUUUUCCCUAAUACUAUGUCCUAUGAAGAGCUUUUUGGCUGCUUCUCUGAAACAAGGGGGUGGAAAGACGGAGUGUUUGCAAAGGUCCUCAGAGAUUUGGAACAUGAUCCCACAUAUUCUGAUGUUCACUUCAAGAAAAGUGAUGGACCUUCAAAGGUGAGGUGGCUGGUAAUGGAUGGGGAGUCUGUUGGGCAUCCUGGCUGGUUGGAUUACAUAACCAGCCUUUGCAGUUUCCAGGAUCGAUGUGUGUGUCUGCCAUCAGGAGAAACUUUGCUGGCUCCUUCCAACCUCAAUUUACUUAUGGAGAUGACUGACCUACAGGAUGUGAGUCCUGCUGCAGUGACUCGCUGCAGCCUCAUGUAUUUCAUGGGGACUGAUGUCUGGAAGGCUGUGUGGAAAAGUGAGAUGGAGGCCUUUGUUCUUGAACACCAACUGGAUCAAAAAUCCACAAAAAUUUGGAAUUGUCUUGCCAAAGAUCUUUUCUCGAGGACUCUGGCUUUGUUGGAACAAAAUAAUUUGAAAGCGGUUAACUUUUCUGAAAGAGGAUCUUCUAAAAGACAUGGUCUCCAAGAAAUCACCUCAUUUUUUAGGAUUCUGCAAGCCCUUCACAAAGAACUUAUAAAGCAGUUACAAAAUCCUAAAACAGGUCUAAAUGCAGACAAAAAAGAUGGAAUCACCACAGCAGACACUGAUGGACUUAGUAAAAAAGAACUGCUCACUAGAAACAUUUUCUUAGUGGCUUAUAUUUGGGGAUUUGGUGGACAUCUGCAUCCAAGCCACUGGCCUCAAUUUGACUUGUCAGUUCGUCAGCUCCUGUUUACUUCUAGGUAUAAAAUUGUUGUCCCUGAUAAAAUCAGCAUAUUCGAUCACUUCUUUGAUUUUGAAUGUGAGAUGUGCCAAAAGAAAACACAACUGACAACUUCCAUCAUUCCUAAGUAUGGCAAAUACAGACACCUUCUGAACCUCAUGCUCAAGGCAAACCAUCCUGUUCUGCUUGCUGGAGAUCCUGGUUCUGGAAAAUCCACUCUGUGCAAAUCUGUGUUAGGUCUUAAUAAGCCAUAUAUUAGCGUACCAGGAAGUCCACUGUUGAGCUCCACAGACCUGCGGCUGAUACUAAGCACUAUCUGCGGCAGAAGACAAUGUAAAGAUGGACAGGAAAAUGCUGCAAAGAAGCUCAGCCUGCUUCUUUUUGUGGAUGAUUUGCAUGAGGCCCCUCGUGAUGUAUGUGGGAAAAUGUCAGCUGCUCUGGAGACCAUGCGCCAAAGUCUUUCUAAGGGAGAGUUCCUGACUUCUGACACCUUCAUUCAAAAAUCACUGAGCCCUGGAACUGUCAACUAUUUGGCGACCUGUUGUUUUUGCGCUCCGGCUGACCCCAGCAGCAGCGUGGUGUCCUCGCGGCUGUCCCGCCUCUUCUCUGUCUUCGUGCUGCCUAACCUAUCUGUAGAUGCAAUCUUGUCGAUGCAUUCUCCGUGGCUGAAAGGGUGGCUCAAAGAAAUGCCUCUAAAGUACAGUCCUGAGGACAUGUCUCAGUGCAUCAUGAUGGCCACCAAGCAUCUGUUCGUUGUUUUGUGCGACCAGUUCCAGCCCACUGCACAGACGCCUCAGUUCAUGUUUUCUCAAAGUGACCUUCAGAAGGUGUUCUCUGGGAUGUGUUUGUGGAAGUGGAGCAUGUCAAAUUCCACCCCACAACAACAUGUACUAUCAGGCUGUCCUCCACCAUCGAUUCUUCACAUAGUUCACCUCUGGAUGCACGAGUGCAUGCACACCUUUAGUGACAGGCUCUGCUCAGACUAUGACAGAAACCUCUUUCUGUCACUUUUAGUUGGAACAGCAGCAACACAUUACGGAAGUUUACUAGUUAAUGAUUACCAAACUGGUCAAUCAGAUAACUCACCUACCCUCGCAUCAACUGUGGACCCAUCACUCACCUGUCAUUCAGUAGAUCCUAAUUUUGACACAUUAAGCCCAGAGCUCAAACUAGUUGAGAGGUCAGACAUUAGUCCUAACUUGACAGAAUCUUCCACUCCAUCUGAAAGCAUUUCUCCAGAUGAUGCUGAUAUAAAGAGUCACCUUUCUUUAACUGAGAUUAUUCAGCAUUUCAAAGUCACAGUGCCCAGGCUAAUGUAUUGCCCUCGGCCCUUUGAGGCAGUGAAAUUUACAAACCAGCAGUGCAAUUUUGAAGAGACAUGUUCCUACGACGAACAAGACGUUAGUGAUAUUCUGGGGGAACUGCAUAUGCUCAUGGACAGACGAGGUGACAAUGUCGUCAAUGUAACAGGCAGGUACAUUGCUCACAGACGGGGAGUGAGUCAGCUGCUCCACAUUCUGAGGGCUUUGCUCAUACCUUGGGGUCACGGUGUGCUGAUGAGCUCUGUCAGAGGAACGGGCCGUAAAACCACGGUGUAUUUAGCGGCUUAUCUUACUGGCUGCCAGCUGAUGGAAGUGCAUUCUGGGAAUGAAAGAGAACUGCACGACAUCCUAAAAGAAGCCAGGAAUAAAGUAAGAAUGGACAUGGUGAAAGUCAUUAUACUAGUCCAUGAGGAAGUCAGCUCAAGUGUUAGGGAAAAACUACUGAUGGCGAUGGCUCAGAGAACUUACCCAGCGGAUCACACAGAGGAUGAGCUGAGGGACCUUGUUUCCAGAGUGACACAGUCAAGAAGAGACUGCAUGGACAGCUGGAUCAGUGAUAGAUGCAUGGGUCAAAUCUACAGCAAUAUUCACAUCUUCCUGUUGAUGCCGUUUGUCAAGUCAGACUGCAGUGAAAAACCUGCCAACAAUGAAACACAAAGAGCACAAUUAACCAAGGCUCUAAAACUCAGCUGCUGUGUUGAGAUGUUCCAAACAAUGUCCUAUCAUUCCCUAGUAGAGAUUGCCAUUCAGUGGCUGAAAUUGCAUCCUAAUGAAACUGCAGUAGGAGACUCUGUGGAGAGUUUGUCUUUGGCCAUGGCUGGAAUCCAUCAGUCUGCGUGUCAGUAUGCUUCUGUCCUUCUUGGAGUUCAGGCUUUCAGCCCUCGAACUUUUGUGGAAUUUAUUUCCCACUUUGACUGCCUUUACGACAAAUUGCUAAAGCAAUGGAGGAGCAAAAGUCACAGACUUUACAGCUCUGUGGUUCACCUGAAUGCUCUGAACAACGUGACUGUGCAGGCCAAACAGAACGUGGUAAGACUGCAAGAGGAAGUGGCUACAAAACAGCAGCAUGAAAAAGAGCUUCUUAGAGCAUUAGAAGAUCAGAAGAAUCUGCUCGAACUAGCUGAGGAGAAAUGUGCAGCAGAAGAAAACCAGCUAGAACAACGAAAGGAGCAGCUUAACCAAGCUGUGGAACAGGCAAAAUCUGUGUUCCUGCUACGUCUCAAGAUUCUUGAAAGUUUAAGUCCACCUGACCUGGAGGAGGUGCACCACUACAGAGAUCCACCUGAAGCGGUGGUGCAAGUCAUCGAUGCCAUUUGUCUUCUGUUUAAUCGUCCACCCGGCUGGGAGAGUGCCAAGCAUCUCCUUGGACAACCGAACUUCAUUGAGGAGCUGGAGUAUUUUGACUGCUGCACUGUAACAACUGAACAACUCCAGCAGCUUGAAGAGAUCAUUCAAAGCCCCCAUUUUGAGCCAGAGUCUGUAAGGGAGGUCAGCAAGGCCUGCGAGUCCCUGUGCCGAUGGGUUCUGGCUGUUCAUGAGUACUGCUGCAAACGUCACCAGCUGUUGCUCCAGCAGCAGAUGGGGCUGCUUGUUAGAGAGGCUCAAAGUCAGGUGUUCUUGGCCCAGCAACAAAAGCAGGAAGCCUCCCAAUGUUUGGAGGAUCUUCAGCUGAAGAUUCAAGCCAUCCAACAUGAGCUGGACCGUCUUCUAGGUGAUCUGCAUAAAGCUGAGAGUCAUGAAAAAGAGGUUUCUAUUUUUGACGGAAAGUUUGAAAAGCAUUUCAGAGACUGGAGUUCUGAUUGUGAGGAAGCAGAUUUACGUCAUAAAAACCUUCCUGGUGACGCCCUCAUUCUUGCUGCAGUCAUCUCAUAUUUAGGCCCAUUUGGACCCGAUAUCCGCACAGAGCUGAUGAGCAAAUGGAGGGGUUUGUGUCUGACUGGAGGCAUCGACACAAACCCCACAGAUGUCAGAACCGCCUUAUUUACACGUGAAGACGCUGAUCACAUUCCUCCCCCUCCUGGUUUUCCCAUCGGUGUGACUGAGAGACUGCAGCUGCCCCUUGGUGAAGCUGUGGGGUUGAAUGAGUGGCAGCUUGAAAAUAUGCAGUCUGCCAGACUGCUGGUGAAGCUUUUGCUGUGGGGACAUGGAGAAAGCUGUAGUCAUCGCUGCCCUCUACUGGCAGAAACUGAUCAACAUUUACAGAUCUCCCGUAGGCUCCUUUCUAAAGGUGAAAAUGUAACCCUGGAAAAAGAAUUGGGCUUCGAUUUGGUGGUUUGUGCAGAUGAUACGGAGCUACUAGAAAAGCUGGACUGUGCUGCUGAAAAAGGAUUGAAGGUCCUGGUUACUCAUGCGGAAAGAGCAAAUCCUAGUCCUGAGUUUCUGAAAAAGCUAAAACGUCCUGCUGGAUGUUGGUUUCAAGGAUUGCAGCAGCCCUUGAAGUUCCACAUAAUCCUCAGCACCGACCUGCCUGUCACACUACUGAAGAGUGGGAUCCAUGCAUCCAUCUUGGCUGAAGUACACGUGGUUGACCUCUCUCUCAGCUCCAAGGAGAUCCAGGAGCUGAUGCUGACUCAGCUGCUGCAGCCCGAGGAUGGAGAGCUGCUGAUUCAACACUUGCGACUCAAGAAUUACAAUCAGCUGCUGCGUGGAAAAAUGGCUGCAGAAAAGGAUGCUCUUAUGGAUGACAUCCUGCAGUGGGGUCCACAGCUGCAGAAAGACCCACAACUCCUUCCUCGUGUGGCAGCUUAUGAAGAAGAAACAAGGAAACUUGAGUCUGACAUCGAGCGUGUCGGUGAAGAGCUGGAGGGUCAUGAGUGUCUGCUGGCUGCUCCUCGCCGUUUAAUGGAACUGCCCUUUGACCUUUACCAGGCCCUGCAGGAUGUGUCCCGCCUUUCUCCAGCCUAUUACUUUCCCCUGCAGGGCUUCAUUAAAGUGAUGCAGGAGGCCCUCUGUGAAAUAGGCAAGCCUUCUCUUUUGUGUAGAACUGGAAAAGCAGCAGAGAGUGUAAUACCUGAGUUCAUGAACACAAUGGUUCUCCAGCUGCUCGUACACUACAGGCCGUGCCUCUUCCAGAGCCACGCUGCUGUCCUGAAGCUGCUGGCGCUUUUAGCUCUGCUAAAGCACAACGGCUUUUGCUCUGAGGCAGAGAGACUGGCCUUCAUCAGAGGUUUGGAAGACUUGAAAUGUCCUGUAGCUGAGAAUAAGCCAUCUGAUGUUUCUAAGUCUAUGCUGCCCAGCUGGAUUCCCCCUCAAAUCUAUUCACAGCUCCUCGUCUUGGAACAGAUCUCGUCUUUUCGUGGAUUGGUUGCCUCACUCUGCACGUCGCCCAUGCAGUGGAAGGAGUAUCUGCGUUUCCCUUCCUCUACUGUUGUAGGAACUGUUCCAUGUCGCUCCCACUCCCACCUUUCCUUGCUGCAGCGGCUCCUACUCUGGAAUACUAUCGUCCCGAACUGUUUGGAGGGACUUGCAAGCACUUUAGAGGAAUGCCUACUCUGCCUGCCUGAUCGAGCAGGACUGACUGACGCCCCCCACACUGGAAACCCACAAGCUCUCGCAAGAUCUUUGGUCAACCACGAAGGACCAAUUAUUAUUUCACUCCCCAAUCCAAAAGGAGAUAAGACAGCUACAAUUCAGCCUCUCUCUUUGAUAAGUCAGUUGUCCCGUUGGGUUGGAGGAGAAAAUAAGGUUCACUUAACAGUUAUCUAUUCUGGGACAAUGCCUGAGGAAGAGGCUGUUCUGUCACUGCUGGACACAGCUGUCAAUGAAGGACACUGGAUUAUCUUCUAUUGCUGUCAUCUGGUGGAACGCUGGGAUGAUAAAUUGGUCGAGCGCAUGAGCCAGCUGAUGUCCUCCUCAGAAGAAGGAAAAUGCGUGACUCAUCCCUGCUUUAGGUUAUGGUUUGUAACUCAUGAGACGGAGAAAUGCUCUAUACCAGCUGUGGUGCGAAUGCGGGCCUUCCUGCUGGCGUGCGACUCUCCUUGGGAUCUGAAUGAAGAGCUGAGCUGUUCCACGCGCCACUUAUUGUCAUUCUGUCAGGCACAGUCCAGCUCAGAUGUCAGUGCAGAAAACAUGGAGCUGUUUAUCCGCUGCAUCAUCUUCCACUCUGUCUUGCUUCAGAGACAACGCUGUAAAUACUUGGGUUUUGGAAAAGCCUGCCACUGGAAUCAGGAGGAUCUUUUUGUUUUAGUGGAUGCAAGCAUGUCCAUUGCCAGUCUCUGCUAUGACAAGACUAAAGUCUUGCAGCACACAGCAAUCACUUUGGUGCAUGGCGGCCAUGUGGUGGACUCUGCAGAUCUGAACGCUGUGGAGUGUGUUGCCAGGUGUUGCUUUGGUGCAGAGUCUUUUGCAGGAAAUGGGCCACACAUCCUUUGGGAUAUUGUCAACACUCAUGGGGACCUUGAUCUAUCAGGAGUGCUGCAGACACUGGAUCAAUAUUUUGGAAAUUCCACCAACAGCGACUCAGACAUGCUGGGUUUCAGCUCUGAUGUGGCCUCGGAGGUAACAAAGAUUAAUAGCUACAAUCUUCACUCGCUGCUGCAGGCCUCCCAGACUCCUCCAGGGUUGCUUGGAAGUUGCAUCGUCAGGAAUCAGCGUGCUAAACUGCCUGAUUACAGACUCACAAGAGACAGACUACAAGCUCUGAGGAAUUACCUGACACAACGGAGAGAAGUGAACGUGGAAGGUGUUUCUCGCAGUCCCAUCCGUGAUUUCCUGCAGACGGAAUGGAACGCCCUCUCUGACAGCGUGUCAGCCCUCGCCUCACAGCUACAGCUGUCCUCGUUUUCCCUCCUCCACCUGAUAGAUUUGCCUUGCUUGGAAAAGAAGGCAGUGUUGCUCAGUUCUUAUCUCUGGCAGGAAGGUACCACAGAUCCACCCGGCGCUUACCGGCUAUCUGCCUUUAAAAAGCCCAGGGGCUUCUUGGCAGCACUGAUUAGGGAGGGUGCUCUAGUAAACCACAAAUAUAUCAGUGAUAUGGUGCUGCAUUUUCAGGUUUUUUCUCACAGACCGAUCCCACCCACACUUCCUCCAGAUGCUGUGUGUUUGUGUGGCCUUGAGCUCAGAGGAGCAUCAUGGGAUACGCAGCGAGAAGCACUGCAAGAUACUCUCUCACUGCAGCCAUCUUUGAUUCCAUUCAUUGGUGUGCAGGCUCGAGUCAGAACCCCCGACUCAGCGUCAGAUCACUCGUCCUGUAGCAGUUCGUACUUAUUGGAUCCUGCCACUGACAGAGCUGCACAGCUGCCCGUCUACCUGUGCCCGCUCUAUCCACAGGAGAGGAGGCAGGAUGGAAACGAGGAGCUGAACGAUGAUGAGAUAAUCACUAAAGUUCCUCUUCACACAGAGUUCAGUCCUGUUUUGUGUAGUUUGAGAACAGUGAGGCUAGUGAGUACUCUCUGAGCUUCUGUGAUGGAUCGGAUCAACGAUCAGAUGUUGUAACGUUUUUGUUCAUUUCAUGUCAAAUAAAGUUUGUGCUUACAGCA